GAAAAGAAAAAAAAAAUCAUUUUUUUUUUAUAUUUAACAACAAUUAAUUGAUUGAGCGUGGGAAAGGGGAAAAGGCAGCGAUUGCGUGUACCGUCGAUAAGAAGAGGACGAUCGGUGCUGCUGAGGCUGCCGCUUAGAGAACGAAUUUGGUGCAAUUGCGAAAAAUGGUGUCGGCGAAUAGGGAGAUGGCGGUCUACUGCUUCGACACUUUGGUGGCUCACUACAGCGGCGAGGAUGUUCCGCCUCCAGCCUUCGAAGACGGCGAACACCCAUUGUUUGUCACCUGGAAGAAAAUGGUGAAUGGUGGGGAGCCUCGUCUGCGAGGAUGUAUUGGCACUCUUGAGGCUCGUUGCUUGACUGCUGGCUUUAAGGACUAUGCUCUGACCAGUGCUUUGAGGGACCGGAGAUUCCCCCCUAUACAAGCUAGAGAAUUGCCUUCUUUAGAAUGUACAGUUUCUGUUCUGACUGAUUAUGAAACAGCUAACAACUACCUUGACUGGGAGGUUGGGAAGCAUGGCAUAAUUAUUGAGUUUACUGAUCCAGACUAUAAUACUAGGCGAAGUGCCACAUAUUUACCUGAGAUUGCUUCCCAUGAAGGCUGGACCAAAGUGGAGGCGAUUGACUCGCUGAUGCGUAAAGCAGGCUUCAAUGGCACCAUCACUGAGUUACUAAGGAGGCGUAUAAGACUGACCCGUUACCAGAGCACAAUAUUCACCAUGCCUUACGGUGACUAUAUUGCUUAUGUCAGGGCAAGGGGUGACGACCCCAACAACUGAUUCUUCCAAACCAGCUACUUCAACAAAAGCUGGUUUGGCUACAUGAAAUACACCAUUUAAACAAAAGAAAUAUGGGUGGACCUUGAUUUGACUGCGGUCCUACCCAUUGUGUCUUUAAUAAUUUGUUUGUUUGUCUGUAAUUCUUCAAAUUCCUCAUUUGAUUUUGAAGAAAGGAACCAAAAACAAACAUGCCUGAGGCUAAUUCAGGUGUCUGUCUGUUGUGUUUAUUUCUUCCCAGAACGAGACGAGUUCUCUGUUCUCUGGGGAAGUUGUAUUGUGGACUAGGAAGUUUUUCUUCCAGGAUGUUUUUAUUUAUUUGCCGUUACAAUAAAUCAUCCAUUGACUC